AUGUCGCUCGUAUCCGGCGAAAAGUCGAACUUCCAGUUCAUCCUCCGUCUUCUCAACACCAAUGUUGACGGAAAGCAAAAGAUCAUGUACGCCUUGACCAAGAUCAAGGGUGUUGGUCGCAGAUACUCCAAUUUGGUCUGCAAGAAGGCCGACGUCGACCUCCACAAGCGUGCUGGUGAAAUCUCCUCUGAAGAGCUCGAGCGAAUUGUCACCAUCAUCCAGAACCCUACCCAGUACAAGAUCCCCACCUGGUUCCUCAACAGACAGCGUGACAUCACCGAUGGCAAGGACACCCAAGUUCUUGCUAACCAGAUGGACAGCAAGCUCCGUGAAGAUUUGGAGCGACUGAAGAAGAUCCGUGCCCACAGAGGUCUUCGUCACUACUGGGGUCUCCGUGUCAGAGGACAGCACACCAAGACCACCGGCCGACGAGGACGAACCGUCGGUGUCAGCAAGAAGAAGGGUUAA